AUGACCAAGAUUAGUAAGAGUAAAUUGGUUAUCCUAUUAUCGAUUGGCAUUUUAUAUUUAAUAGUACUCUACACGCGAGAAUUUAAUCGAGCUCAAGAUCUAAUUUCAAUGCCUUAUUGUCAAUGCCAUGAAGGAAACGUUCAAGAAGUUAAUACAAGAGGCAAUUUAUGCUUGUAUCGUUGGGAAAGUAGCGAUAACUGUCUUAAUCAUAUAGGCGAUUUAAGAAAACUAUCGACUUUCCCUCAUAAUCCAACCGUUUGUCAAGCCAUUGAUCAAUUCCAAUCGCAAUUUGAUGGCGGUAGUCAUGGCCAAAGAAUUUUCGGCUAUAUCCAUCCUGAAGUGACAUCCUAUUAUCAAUUUGCUAUCGUUGCUGAUGAUGGUGCUGAGCUAUGGCUUAGUCACGAUACUAAUCCUGAUAAUGCUAAAAAAAUUGCUCAAGUCGACUAUCGAUUAUUCCAAUCUAAGCAAAAUAAGCAACAACAUCAACAAAUUUCCAAUUUUAUCCGUUUAGAUAGUAGAAGAAAAUAUUGGAUCGAAGCUAUACAUACACGUGCCACUGGUCGAGGAUUUAUCAAGGUCGGUUGGAAAAUGUCUCGAACUGAUCCAUCCAAUACAUAUCAUACUAUAUCGCGACGAUCUAUCUCAUUACCUUCCAAUUAUAUCAAAAUUUCACGCCAUCAUAGUCCAACAGUCAAUUCAACUUCUCCUCGAACACCAACGAUUGCAAUUAAGUCGCUAGAACAACUUGCUAAAUUCAAUCAAAGUUUCCAUUUAUUACCACGAUUAAAUCGACGUUAUCUGGAUGAAGCAUUAAAAUUCUGCUCUUAUGGUCGUCCAAGCUAUGUAGUACCACCUGAACGGAGUGUUAACGUAGUGAACAUUAUGUAUUAUUUAUCCACUAUUCAGCAUCAGAUCUAUGGAAGAUUUAAUCCUGUCGCCAGUAGAAAUGAUGUCAGCAAUUCCAUUCAUGAAUUCGAGAAAGAAGAAGCUUACCGCAUAGUUGAAUCACUUCUAUAUCAUAUUAAUAAAAAAAAUAAAGGGAAAUUUGAAUUAGUUCAUGUCCAUGGUGUUGAACAGAAAUCAGAUCGUGCGCGUGGAAGUCGUUAUCUAGUCGAUAUUAUCAUUAAAGAAAAAUUUAGAAAGCCGCUCUAUCGCAUCUCGGAAUAUUUAUAUAAAUAUCGUAGUACAGAUAAAAUAUGUAAUCUUGUCGAUUUACAGUGGAAUAACAAAGUUCACGUUUAUAUUGUUAUUAUGAUUGCCAAUGAAAAUAUUAAUGCAUUUCGAUUUUUUUUAAGGCAACUUGAACGUUAUUAUAACCAUACUCAUGACGACCAAUUUACAUUAAUGGUUGUUGGUUCAUCGAAAGCUAGUGUACAAUUACAAACUCAGUUAUACGAUAGCAGUCUUAAAAGGUAUCAAUUUGUGGAAAUAAGCCUUGAAAGAUUAUUGUAUGCUAGGAGAUCUGCUUUCAAUACUGUACUAUCAUCCAUUCGUAAUGGCAACUCAAUUAUACUGCAAUAUGAUAACUUACAUUUAAAUUUCCCCUUGGAUUUAAUGGAAAAUGUUAGAAAGAGAUGUUUCCCUGGUAAGAUGGCUUAUAUGCCAAUUUCAUUUCGAUUUCAAUGUGGCGCUAAGGAUCAAAAUUUAAGUGGUUACUGGCAAGGCCAUCAUUUCAAUUUAGCUGCAUAUUACUUAUCCGAUUAUAAGAAAUUAAACCAAAGUGAAAAAGCUGAUCGAUUCCAUUUGCAAGGAGAAGACGCCCAAUUGGCCAUAAAAUUAUUAAUGAAACAAUUAGAAAUUGAACGAUUACAUUAUCCUGGUUUAUAUCAAUUUAAUGAUCAGCAAAUAACGUUGUUGAAAAAGCAAUUAUUAUUCUGA